AUGAAACGACGUUAUACCAUCAGCGACAAUGCACCCCAUCAGUCAAAAUUACCACCGCCAGCAACAGCAACUGGUGUGAGAGCCAAUCGACUAGCUUCCAACGAUCCCAAAAUGCCUCGGUUAUCAGCACCGCAUCACAGCCAUUCACUUGGACCACAGCGCAUUGCAGUUGCUACGACUCCAGCUGAAGGACGCUCGAAGCGAAGUGUAGCCAUUAAAGAUCCACCUGCAAGUAACUCUCGCCCAUCCCAUCGUACGGGUGCUUCUUCAUCGUUAGUAGCCAAGGCAUCAUCAGCAUCAUCAUCAGCAUCAGCAGCAGCCACUCAAAUAUCAAAAGCCAAAGCCAAGCCAGAUAUACGCAGUCCAGAAUACCAAAAACGAGCCAUGCAAUGCAUCAUCGACUAUCUUCGUGAUUCCAACUAUGGCCAGGUUACACGACAAAUGCUUCGUGGACUCACACUUCGCAACUUUCAAAACAUGUUCAAGCAUCUUCAUCAUCACAUGGCUCCAUCUUAUCAAUACGUACGAGAGAAAUUCGAAGAUGAGUAUAUUGAUGUGCUUCGUUCAUUAAGAUAUCCAUAUUGCGAUCAACUGAGUCCGAGGUCGCUUCAUUCCAUUGGUGCACCCCAUUUAUUCCCAACCUUUCUAUCACUACUUCACUGGUUUGUGACCAUGUGCAAGAUACAUGAUCAUGAUGUGCCUCGGACUGAGAAAGAGGAAGACGUGGAAAAAGAAGGACCAACCGAUAUGAAUUACUUGUUUUACGCCUACACUGUUACAACCUACAACCAAUUCAUGAAUGGAGCCGAUGAAUUUACGGAGACCGACACUAAGCUGUUAUCCGUCUUUGAGGAAUUGAAUGAGCAGUACCGUCAAGAAAUCAGGCGACUACAGGAAGUAAGGCAACGCCAGGUAAAGGAAAAGGAUGAAGUACAAAAGAGAAAGGAAACGGUUAAACGUCUUGAGGAGGGUGUUCGAGAAAUGAAAGAGGAUAUGACCAAGUACAACGAAUUCUGCGAUGACAAGCGACGGCGUAUAGCAAAAUAUAUGGAUCUUAAUGAGAGAUUGAAGGAGGCACUCGAUGCAAAAAAGAGAGAAAUCCGGAUGGCAGAGCAAGAGUAUGAUGAAGUAUUGAGACGAUUCAAGGAAAUGGACCUAUCACCUGAACAAGUGGCAGGAAUGGCGAAUGAACAAGUUGAGCUGGAGAAGAAGUCUCUCGACAAUAAGGCAAGGAUCAAUGAGCUCGAUCAGCAAUACAAAUCAAGAGAAAUGCAGAUGCAGCAAAUGCGUGAAGAUAUCCAAAAAGACAUGCAUGAAUACAACAGCGAGGCGACUGAAGCCGGCCUUAUCCCCAGCACUGCGCCGAAUGCGAAUGGCAAAGAUUAUCGUUUUGUCUUUAAUCCAGAAGGAAGGACGCUUGAAGAAAUGUCAUCAGUAGAUUGGGAAAAUGAUUUGCUCCCACAUUUACAAAUCCUUCAAAACCAAUACAGCCAAGCUUUGCAACAAGCAUCUGAAAGGCUGCGAGGCAUCCGUGACCGAUAUGCUGAGAUCAAGAAUUCUAUACCUGCAGAAGAAGAAAGUCUAAGGCAGCUGCAAGAACAACUUGAACAUGAGACUCGGUCAUUCGAAGAGCUUAAGGCUUCUAUCGCUAAAGAAAUGGAUGACACCCUUCGAGAAUUGAAUCAGCGUGAAAAUGCAGCGAAACAAGCUCGAAACCAGGCAAAGAAGGAGGUCUUAUCUCUCAAGAGUCAAGAAGAGGAUGCUCAUAUCAAACUCGAGGAGACAGUAGCCAGGGCGCAGGAGCGUGUGCAGAAGAUUAGAAGCGAUGUUAAAAAGGUGGCAGAUUUGAUUACUGGAUUUGCUGAAUCAAAAAAAGAGUUGCUGUCGAAGGAGAAUAUGGAGAAGCUUUUUAAAAUACCUGAUAACAUGUAA